CCCACCACCCGCACUUUCCCAUGCCUUUUGUGGGGUUUCUUCCCAGAAAUAGGGCAUUUGUGGGCUCAGCCAAAACCGACGUCCUUUGACCACUUUGUCUGCUUCGCCAUAAAAGAUCUCUUCUCCUCCGUGUCAAGGUCUUCUCUCUCUCUCUCUCUCGGGACUCCCUCGCUUGGCUCUAUUCUUGCAGGCUUAGCCGAAGGACGAGCAUCGAUGAGAUGAAAUACCGGGAUGCAUAGGAGAGGAGGUGGUGAAUCCUGAGGUAUAACAUCUCUCGUGUAUCUUAGUUGGUUGGUGAUAGGUUGGGGCGGCUUGAAUCGGGGAAUAUGCAUGCGGUGAACGCGAUGGCGGUGGCGAGGGGGAUGAUGAUGAUGAUGGCAGCGGCAGCGGCGGGGGUUGGUGGUGGGGGUAAGGGGGAAACGGUGGCGGUGCUGCAGGAGGCGGAGGACGUUCCUUUUGGGACGGUGUGGUGGUACGUCUACGCGGGAAUCUCGUGCUUGCUGGUGCUAUUCGCGGGGAUCAUGUCCGGGCUCACGCUAGGGCUUAUGUCGCUUGGUCUGGUCGAUCUCGAGAUUCUCCAGCGCAGCGGGACCCCCACCGAGAAGAAGCAGGCAGCUCAAAUUCUUCCUGUUGUUCAAAAGCAACACCGACUUCUUGUGACUUUACUUUUAUGUAAUGCUGCUGCCAUGGAGGCUCUUCCUCUAUAUCUUGAUAAAAUUUUCCAUCCUUUUGUUGCUGUUGUCUUGUCUGUAACAUUCGUUCUGGCUUUUGGAGAGGUUAUUCCUCAAGCCAUAUGCACAAGAUAUGGACUAGCUGUGGGUGCUAAUUUUGUAUGGCUAGUACGUAUCUUGAUGAUCAUAUGCUACCCGAUUGCUUAUCCUAUCGGCAAGAUUCUUGAUUGUGCACUUGGACAUAGUGAAUCUGCACUUUUUAGGCGUGCUCAAUUAAAGGCUCUUGUAUCCAUCCAUAGUCAAGAGGCUGGUAAAGGUGGGGAGCUCACACAUGAUGAGACAACAAUAAUAAGUGGAGCUCUUGAUUUGACUGAAAAGACAGCUGAGGCGGCUAUGACUCCCAUUGAAUCAACAUUCUCAUUAGACGUCAAUUCAAAAUUAGACUGGGAAGCAAUUGGCAAGAUUCUCGCUAGAGGCCACAGCCGUGUUCCUGUUUAUUCGGGGAAUCCGAAAAACAUUAUUGGCCUUCUGCUGGUGAAAAGCCUUCUUGCUGUUCGUGCUGAAACAGAAACACCAGUUAGUGCUGUUUCUAUCAGAAGAAUUCCAAGGGUUCCCGGAGAUAUGCCAUUAUAUGAUAUACUAAAUGAGUUUCAGAAAGGAAGCAGUCAUAUGGCAGCUGUUGUGAAAGCUAAAGGCACAAGUAAAACCCCCUCCCCUGCCGAAGGGGAGAAAUUAGAAGCAGACAAUAAAUCUAGUGGAAAAUCUGAAUUGAUGGCUCCUCUGUUAUCUAAAGGAGCCAAAUCAGAUAGUGUUUUUGUUGACAUCGACAAAUGGCAAAAUAAACAGGCCAAUGGAGAUAAAGCAACCUUGCAACUGAAUGAUGCAGCAGCAAGUGUACUUGCUCAUUUAACCGAAGAUCAAGAUGAGGAGGUCAUUGGCAUUAUCACCCUUGAGGAUGUGUUUGAAGAACUCCUUCAAGAGGAGAUAGUGGAUGAAACAGACGAGUAUGUUGAUGUCCACAAGAGGAUACGAGUAGCUGCUGCAGCUGCUGCUUCAUCGGUUGCCCGGGCUCCAUCUCUGAGGAGGACGACUGGACAGAAGGCAGCGGGUGCUCAAAAUCGGCAAGGACAACAAACUACUGGGAUCUCAAGGAAGCCUACUGAUGCUGAUUUAAACACGCCUAGGCACUAGG